AUGAGCUCAGCACAAGACCAGGGCUCUAUAAGAGUCCACCCGAGGCGCCGGCCCUUCAGGGCAGUCCGGCCCUCUCUCCUCCCAGCCGAAGAGCAAUCACCCUCACUGCCUCCACUCCGCCUUCGCAAAGGUGAAACCUUCAAUCCAGCCAUCCUUCGCAAAGCCGACCGUGACCCUCUUGUACCCUCGCUGCCUCGCCGAUCUCCCACAUGCCCUGGCGCUCUGGAAGCUAUCGCCGCUGGACAACGGCGUAUGACCGACAUCUUGGAACGCCUUGACUUGAACUCGACCACCUCCGAUGACAACGACGAUCUCCCCGUCCCCAAGGGUCUACUCCGGCUUCACCUCAAAUCUCAAGCACGGAGAGAGGGCCCCGUUGAACCGCGCUCGCGUCAACCCAGCCCGAUGCCCAAGGAACAAUCUCGGAAGGCUCAGAGGGCCCAUUGUCAGGCCUCUGAUAGUGGACUCGGCUCCUCUAUCAGCAGUGCUCAGUCAGUCUCGUCCAACAAAGUGAAAGCAGGCCAGCUCUCUAGAGGAAGCAACCUCGCACCAUCUCGCUCUCAGUCUGCCAUCACCCGCUCAAUCAGUGCCAUGGAAGCUGAAAACGCUCGGCGGCACAAACUCAGCUCUGAAGGCCGCACAGAGAUUGAGAAGCACAUCAUCGGCCCCAUUCUCGAGGACGAGAGGCUCAAGUCCUUCCACCCUAUUCUUGAAGACGUCCGUCAGCAGAUUGAAGAUGAACGCAUCUCCUGCUUGCGUGACCUCGAGAAGACCGUGUUCUCUCUCGCGCCGGAUGUGAAGACUCAUGAUGCUGCCUAUGUUCGUUUUUGCCAGUACACCAUUCUAUGCCUCAGCCAGACGGCCUCCUCCCUUGGUGGCCGAGACUUGUGCUUGCCAACCGAUAAGCAGUACAACAACGGUUAUUUCGUCGAUCUUUUGGAACAGGUUUCGCAAUUCAAGCGUAUUCGUGACGAAUGGAAACGGAGGCACGAGGCCGAUGGCAAAGUGAAGGCUCCUGAACUCAGACUCGAGGGUGGACUCUCCCAGACCGGGCGUCUCCUUGAAAUGGUCGUUGAGCAAGAUGGCGAGGCCAUCUCUCUGCGGACCGGAGAGCCCUAUGAAGGUCAAGUUAUCCCUUCGAUGAAGCGCUCGCUGAGCGCGGCGUCUGCCGACGAAGGCGUCCAGCGUUCCAUGGCCCGUCGCAAGAAGAAUGCGCCUCCCAUGAACAUCAACAAGAAGUGCAAAGACUGUGACAAGGUUUUUGCCCGGCCGUGCGACUUGACGAAGCACGAGAAGUCUCACAGCCGCCCCUUCAAGUGCCCUGUCAGUUCCUGCAAGUACCACACCAAGGGAUGGGCUACCGAGAAAGAAGCGGAGCGUCACUACAAUGACAAGCACUCCGAGGCACCGCGCCUGUACGCUUGCCAGUUCGAGUCUUGCUCUUACAAGUCCAAGAGAGAGAGCAACUGCAAGCAGCACAUGGAGAAGACCCACGGCUGGGUGUACAUGCGAUCCAAAAACAACGGCCGGGGCAACAAGCAGCCAUCCCCUCAACACGGCGCUUCGCCAUCCAGCAGCAGCUCUGUCCCACCUAAGCAGGCCCCUUCGGUUUGGAGCAUGACCCCUCCUUCUGAAGCGCCUGAGUACAAGCAAGAGUCCGUUGGCUGGGAACUUGCUCCCACUCCAGAGACUCCUGAGUUCUCAUUCAACGCCUUCCAACACCCCAUGAGUACAAUGCCUGGCUCAGUGUCGGGAACCUUGGACGCCGUCACCCCCACCACCGGAACCAUAAACUCGCCUUCUGAACCGUUCGAUCUGGCGCAAGAAAACACUGCCUUCUCAAUUCAGGAUAUUUUCCCAGAGAUGAAGGCCAAUGACGGCUUGUUGUUCCCUGGCGGAGACAUGGAGUACACCGAUUUCAUCAACAACCAAACCAUGUUCAACGACUUUGGCUAUCCCGAGUUCACCAUACCAACACAACCUCUGAACUACGGCGAAAUCCAGCAGCCUCAGUCGGAAGAUGACUCGGCCGGUUUCCUCCUCGAUGUCUACAACGACAUGCACACUUACGGGUUCAACCCCAUGUCCGGCCCUGGCGGUCUCUAA